GAAGUUGGUGGCCGCGGCCGCUCUUUCCUUGCGCGCCACGCUCUAUGGCCGGCGGUGGGGCGGGGCAAGAUGGCGGCGGGCUGCGCGUGGCGGCGGCUGUGGCAGGGGUCAGCUUUUCCUUUUCAUGUCAAUUAUGCAAGCAGAUUUAUGGGAAGACAGUGCUUUCUUCUAAACAAUGAUUUGAUGGGAGUACGGCUGGCUGGAUCUGAUGCUGAUACUCAGGUGCAUAAGACUAAUCCUUUGGUAUCUAUUUCAGAUGAGCCAGAAACACUGUACAAGAGACUAUCCCUUUUAGUUAAAGGCCAUGAUAAAACUGUGUUGGACAGCUAUGAGUAUUUCGCAGUGCUUGCAGCCAAAGAACUUGGCAUUUCUAUUGAAAAAGUACAUAGACCUCCGAAGAAGAUAGAACGAUUCACACUUUUAAAAUCUGUACACAUUUACAAGAAGCACAGAGUUCAGUAUGAAAUGAGAACACAUUACGUCUGUUUAGAGUUAAAACAUUUAACAGGCAGUACCGCUGCUGUGUAUUUGGAGUAUGUUCAACGAAACUUACCUGAAGGGGUUGCCAUGGAAGUAAAAAGGACUAAGAUAGAAGCAAUACCUGAGCACAUUCAGAAGCCAAUUUGGGAUACACUACCUCAAGUAGAAGAAACUGAAGUCAAGUCAUGAACUUGGCAGAUACUUGGAUCCAUUAGUGCUGGAAUUACUUGUUCCUGUCAGCCUAAUUUACUGAGAGAUACUACUGUUAAAUAAAUUUCUCUUUUAUAAAAUAAUCAUAUAAA